AUGCCUCGUGCAAUCAGAGGCGUUCUUAUCGAAUGCGAUCCUUCGAUCAAGUCCAUCAUCGUCAGCAUCGACAGUGCUAACCAUGACUACAUCAUUGAAGAUCUCGAUGAUGAACGCGUGGUUGUGAAAGAGACCAUGGUCUCAACGCUCAAGCAUAAGCUCGAAGAACGACUCAAAGAAAAUCUUCCUCCUGAAGAAGAGUCCGGUUCCGAGUAA